AUGUCAGAUAUUAAGCCUGAAGCUUCACAAUCAGAUGAUUUACUAGAAAUGGAUGAAAUGUUGGAAAAUAAUCCUCAGCCUGAAGGUUCCCAAACCAUGUCAAAAAAUACUCAAAGACAUAAGCGUUGUUGUGAAUCAACUAAACCAUCUGCAAAAUGCUGGAAAUAUUUUGAAAUAGAAGGAGAAGAUUCAAUAUGUAAAGUUAAAAUUAAAAAACCUAAUGGAGAAGAACAAAUUUGUGGAAAAUCAUAUAAAUACCUUCCCAGAGGGUCAACAACCAACAUGAAUUCACAUCUUGCAGAUGAACAUGACCUGAAAGAUUUUCAAAAAAAACAG